UUAAGUUACAUAAAUAUGGUUUUCGUAUCUAUAUUCUUUAGUGAUGAACAAAAUAUUAAUUUUAUCUGAAAUAAAUGAAAAGCGAUUCAUAUUACGAUAUAUUAACAAGGAUAUCUUGUCGAUAUUUUUUAUUUGUCAUGAAGUAAAGAGAAAAAAAGCACACUAAUUUGCUUAGUUGGGUAUUAAAAUUUUUCACUGUGUAGGAAGACACAAAGAAAAAAGUGUCCAGUGACAGCUGUCUAAUAUGUAUCAGUGAUGUGAUGUAAAAAUUCAAUAGUUUAGUCGUGAUAGAUAGUAGAAAACAUUUUAAAACAUUAGAAGUGAUUCAGAUUUCCGAAUUUGAAUCAAAAUUUGAUUUAUUUGAAUAGUGUCUAUAAUCGAAAUUUUAUUCGAAGGAAAAUGCUGCUGUCUAUGCUUUAACGGCUGAAAUUGAUGAUCGUCUAAUUACAGCCGAAAUCAAAAAGAAGGAAGUGGCUGAAACUGAAUAUAAUGAAGCAAUUACACAUGGUCAAACAGCAACUCUAUUACGUCAGAGUGAGAAAACAAUGGAUACAUUUAUUAUCAAUGUUGGUGCUCUACCACCGGGCAAAGAAUGUCGAAUCAUAAUUCGUUAUGUGACUGAAUUGGAUUUGAUUGAUGGAAAAUCUAUUCGAUUCGUUGUUCCAUCUACAAUAGCUCCACGAUACAAUCCAGAAUUAGGUCAAAUACAAUCACCCGAUAGAACAAAUACUAAAUAUGUUCAAAAUACUUCUUAUACAAUAUCUUUUCAAAUUCAUGUCGAACGAAACGGCAUCUCUCGCGUUGCUAAUCUGUCUCAUCCGGUCAAUGUUAGUACAUCGUCGGAAAUGAUCAAUAUUUCUACACAAGAUGUUGCACUCGAUCGUGAUUUUAUCAUCGAUAUUCACUUGCCCAGAAUUCCACCACCCAUGUUGACUGCUAUUGAACAAUACGAUACGACGAAAUAUGCUGCACUUACAACAUUAAUUCCUCGUAAUUUGGUCAAAUCUAACUAUAUGAAAUCUGAACUCAUCUUCAUUGGUAUGUUAAUGUGA